AUGGUUGAAUCAGGAUCAAGUUCACAUUUGUUAGAGUCCAACCAAACACAAGGUGGACAAACAAACAAGUGCAUCAAAUCUCAAACAAUUCAUUCCAACGGCGUUCAGAAUUUUUUAGUCACAAAAAUUCCCAAGUCAAUUUUAAAAAAAUUAUCACCAUAUUUGAUAGCUCUAAGGUUGUGGUCUUUAACAGCUUCCCUGUGUCCAGUUUCUUUAGGUGCAUGUCUCUAUUACAAGUACAGCAAUAAAUUUGACAUAUUCAUUUUUGUGAUCACGUCUAUGUGUGCACUGUCAGUACAUGCAGCUGGUAACUUAGUAAACACUUAUUAUGAUUAUGUUAAAGGAAUAGAUAGCCAGAAGAAAAGUGAUGACAGAACACUGGUUGAUCAUUUAUUGAGCCCCAAUGAUGUUUCGACCAUGGGUGCCAUUUGUUAUAUAUUUGGUUGUUUGGGAUUUUUAGUUUUAUGUCACAUAUCACCUGCACCAGUACCUCAUCUAGCAUUGUUAUAUUUCGGAGGGCUCUCAAGCAGUUUUCUUUACACUGGAGGCUUAGGCUUAAAAUAUUUGGCGUUAGGAGAUUUAUUAAUUUUUCUUACAUUUGGUCCACUCACAGUUUUGUUUGCAUACUUGGCUCAGGGCGGUCCAUUGAGUUUAUUUCCAAUGUUACAUGCUGUACCAAUCGCCCUCAACACAGAAGCCAUACUCCACGCCAAUAACACUCGAGAUAUGAAUUCUGAUAAGGAAGCAGGUAUAGUAACUCUAGCUAUUCUUAUAGGCAAGACGGGUUCAUAUGCUUUAUUUGUAGCACUCUUAUUUCUCCCAUACAUUAUUUUUAUAGUUCUCGCUGCUAAUUAUAACAUUUUAUUUUUUUUGCCUUUGCUAACUAUAUUUUUAGCAUUUCCAAUUGAAAGAAGCUUUCGCGCUGUGCUAACCAAUGUUGACAACAGUAUCACAAGAGAUUUGGCUAAAUUGAAUUUCUUGAUGUCUUUGUUUUAUAUUAUUGUCUGUUUAUUGAGUGAUAAAUCGAAAUUGCCUGGGUACAACAUUUAA